AUGGCCGAGAAAGCCACCCCUACUCCAGUCCCCACAUAUGAGAACUUGCAAGAGACCAACCAACCGAGCAUCAACCAUCCACCUCCGGCAUAUGCGCAGCCCCCGAUGGAAACGAUCACUCCUCCACCUCAGCCCCACGAGCCCUCGUCACAGAACUUCUACGCGGGGACGCAGACACACCACACGAGCGGUUACAAUAAUGCGACACCCCUGCAUGCGCUUCAACGUGGCCCAGCGCCCGUGGACUGUCCAAGUUGCGGCAGCCGUGAGAUGACGCGAGUGGUAGCGGAGGCGGGCAAUACUACACAUGCAUGGGCCGCAGUGACUUGCAUCUGCUGCUGCUUGGGCUGCAUUCCCUAUCUGAUGUCGUCGCUCAAGGAUGUGCACCACUACUGUGGAAAAUGUGGUGCAUUGCUGGCGACCUGGCACAACAGCGGACGGACGGAUGUGCAUCAACACAACUGA